UGUUCAACAAAUUACCAUGCAAAGCUACAGUACAGGUGAGAAUAAACUCCAAAUGAGCAGUUCACAUAAGAAUGAACACAAAAUGAACAAAAAUACAUUUAUGUCUAAUCCAAGAGAAAUAAGGAUUAGUACAACGUUUACCUGGAAAAUAAAGGAAUUGAAAUGACAAAACGUCACACACAAUUUUAAAGUUCCCCCACACAGGACUCAAACCUACAAUCUCUGUUCCAUAUGUCUACUGCUCAAUGCUCUGCACUACUGGGUAGAUGUGAUCAUACUGAUGGUUCAAAUGAGAAUCAACUUAAAAUGAAUAGAAGUUCAAAUGUGAACGAACACAGAAAUGAAAAAAAAAAAAAACAUAUUUCUAAUCCUAGACGAAGAAAGAUUAGAAGAUUGAUUAUUGGGGUUAUAAAUCCAAAUGGAAUGCAGCUUGACACAAUUUUAUAAAGUCAGAUGGGGUUAGAACCUACAACCUGAUAGGUUCAAGGCUUAUGACUUAUCAUAGUGAGCUACAGAGGACAUUGCGUUCAUCAUCAUACAGAGGUGACUUUCAAAACAAACACAAAGGCUAAUUAGCUCUCACCUGAUUUUUAUUAACAUCUAGUAAUUAGUCUAUAUAAGGCAGUGAAACUGGAUGUAGUUGUUUUUCUGUGUUCCUACAGCAGGUGAGUGUUUUUGUGGAACUGGUCAUAAUUUAAGCAUAAAACUCUUGUCUGAGAGGUUAAAUAUACUAUUGAAACAUGUGCUUAUCUGUCAAACUUGAAGUAAUUAUGUUACUGACAGUGUUUUAGAUAUUUUAAUUUUGUGCUCUUAAAUGGAUGUGGACAAAAUGGCUGCUUUCAUGAAGAUUAGCCAUGUGCUUUGUUUUACUGUUAUUUAAGUGUUUGUCAUAAUUGGGUUUGUUGUCAUUUUUAUUUAAAUUUGUAAAAUGUUAAUAGUAUGUCAUUUCAAGUGUCUUUAAAGUAUGUUUUGGAAACAAAUGUUUUAAGGAAUGUUAAAUUUAGUUUAUACAAUAAUUUAAUGAGUAUGUGACAAUUUUCAUUUUGGGUGAGCUAUUUUUUUAAAUGUUGUUGCAGGAGCACUGCACAUGUCUAACACAACUAAUUCUUUAUCUUUUUGUACAAUAUUUAAUACAUACAAGAUGUAUAAAGUGUUUUUAAGCCUCAUGUGUUUAAUAAUGUAAUUGAUAGCAUUUCAGAUAUUUUCAGUGGUAAAACAUGGUUUAUUCUCAUUGUCAUGUUAACUAUACUUUUACAAUUGAAUGUUUUGUCAUUGUUUUCACACUGUUCUUUAUAUUUUAUACAUGGUGUUGAAUUCAGAACUGCGACUUGAGGUAAUUUUAUUAUUAUUAUUUUUUUUUUUUAGUUAAAUAUGUUAAGUAGGUUGGCAGGUUGAAGUUAUUAAUGAUAAUACUUUAAGGCUGGACAUGCUGCUUAUAAAAAAAGGUUGAUUUAAGUUUAAAUGUUAGAAUGAUGGUGUACUUUUUGAGAAAUGUGGUUACUUUGUCAUGCAUCAUGUAAAUUAAUUUUUAUGCUACCACCAUUAAUAAUUUGUUUUACUGAAAUACAUGUUCAAUAUCAUGGCAGAAAAGUGAGAACUUUUUUUUUUUUUUUUUUCCUAGUAAAAAUAUCUAAACAUUAUUUAAUGAAGAUACAUUUACUUGAGAUGCAACAUGACUUAAGUUAUUGUAUAUCUGCCAGUGGGUAAAGAAAGUUACAUUUAAUUCAAUAGUAACACAAGAUUUUUUUUUACACCACUGGCAGAUUUUUUUUUUUUUUUGGGCAUACAUUUAAUUUUGAUACAUGAAGCAAGAAAAUCAUUUUUGCAGUGUAGUGAAGUGGAGUAUUGCUGGGUGUUUUACAAAACUAUGAACUUGAAUCAUUUAAGCAUACAUAAUCAUCUUGUAUGUGUUUACAGAUGCCACGGCCCAAGAAAAGGUCCCGGAUCGCCAAGAAGCUCUAUGCACAACGUUGUGCAAAUGCAGAGGUUCCGCCGCUUCCUCUUAAAAAAAUGGCAGAGGCUGCACCGCUUCCUCUUAAAAAAAGUCAAGCAGAGGUUCGGCCACUUCCUAUUAAUAAAUUGGCCGAGGUUCGGUCGCCUCCUCUGAAUAAAAAGGCACAGGGGACAUCGUUCCCCUUUAACAACCAGGGGACAUCGUUUCCCUUUGACCACCAGGGGACAUCGUUUCCCUUUACUGAGGGGACAUUGCUUCCCCUUUACCAAAGAACAUCGCACCCUCAAAUCCAGGGGACAACGCUUCCUGUGGGGGAGGAUAUGCAGGUUCUUUUGGCAGAGGUUCGGCCGCUUCCUCUUGAAAAAAUGGCAGGGGUUCCACCUCUUCCCCUUAAACAAAUGGCCCAGGGGACAAUGUUCCUUCUGGAAAGGGGUACAGAACCAUUACCUCUUUUGAAAAACUAUCAGACCUGUUACACAAGUGAUACCACUGGCGCAAAUGAUACAAAUGAUACAAAUGAUACAAAUGAAACAAAUUAAACAAACCUGAAACAAACAAGACAAAAACCAAAAAACCUAAUUUCUAUGAAACUUGAUGACAAUGCUUUGAAUGUUUCAACUGCAUGUUCUGAAUUUCCACAGAGAUCAGUGCUAAGAGGUUCCUUUCAUCAAGGUGAUGCCCGCUUUGGAAAUUCACGUGGCAGGCAGUGUGGAGCCAUCAGUCUGACAGCGGUUUUGAGAAGCAAGAUGAAGAACGUGCUGACCUGGACGGCACAAGAUCUUGACAGUGUCUUGGUGGCAGGAACACGCCUUUAUGAAUCUUUACGAAACUGGGGUAACAUAAAUGACAGACAAGUCAGGGGUAGGAAUUACAUUGCAGUCCAUGAAUUACCGAGGAGACAUGUGCUGGGUAAUACUGUAUUUUCCAUAGAGUAUGCAGAGUCUCUCACUGGAUUUGUUAAUGUUGAUGAUUAUGAUGUAACCUUAAUCAAUGUGGCCAUGCCACUUGAUGUAGCUCUUCAGCAAGCUCUACUGAGUGCCGAUGCUUUCCUUUUAACCAUUUGUGCCAACACAUGUGCAGUUAUUAAAGAGGGCUCAUGGUAUGCCUUUGUUGAUUCUCAUGCUAACAAAAUCGAGACAAGUUGUGUUGCUUAUCACAGCACCAUUGAAUCUUUGUACAACUACAUUAAUGAGAUUGCACAGUCAUUUGGGGUAAGUGGACCACGAUUUGAGAUAACUGGAGUUUUGGUUCAUGCAGAUGCUGAAGUUUCUCACUCUCUGCAGGCAAGACCGCAGCAGUUUUCCAUGCUUUUCCAGUAAAGUGCUUUACAGUGAAGUCUUAAAAGGCACACACAAGGUAUGCAAAUCUGUGAAGACUGAGGUAAGGUCAUCUGAAUUUGAAGUAUCUGAAGCUGUGAAUGCAAGCACUAACCUUCCAAUGCCGCAGCCAGUGUGUAACGUUUUGCCAAGUAAAGGAAAAAGGGGGAGAAGAAAGCAGGAUGAACUUCCAGAGAAACAGGUCACAAUGUCUUGUUGAAAAUGUUGCAGAUGACAUAAUUAUUACAGAUAAUACAUUACAAUUCCAGAAGUACAUUUUUCUCCUUUAACCCAUAGAGAUCAGCAAGCUUUAUGUGAACUUGUGCUUCUGACAAAUGACAGUAACAGUGACCGUGAUGUCAUAACAAACUUUGGUCCCAUUGCAGGUCCAUGUCAGACAAAGAGUAUCAAACCAGAUGGUAACUGCUUUUUCAGAUCGUUGGCAUAUGCAAUAUGUGGAAAUGAGGACAGGCAUUUGAAGAUUCGCCGUGCAGUGGUCAAACACCUGAAAAUGAAUGCAUCACUGUUUGAGAGGUAUGUGAGAAGUGAGUAUACUUCAGUAGAGAAUUACUUGACACAGUCUAGAAUCUAUUAUUCUGGGUCAUGGGCAACUGAAAUUGAUAUCUUUGCUGCUUCUAAUCUGUUUAAUACGACCAUAAUGACUUUUAACGAUGACCGAUGGAAUGCACAUAAACCUACUAGAGAGGUAAUUAUGAAUAAUGUAAUCUAUUUGACACACUGCAACGGUAAUCAUUAUGAAGUUGUGACAUGUUAAGCACAGAGAUCGAGACAUUUGUGCAGGAAUAUGUGGGAAUGCCACUUCCAAUGAGGUCAGAAUGCCAUGUCUACGUAAAAGGAAGGUAAGCGAUGCAUCAGAAUGUUCCACAACCAAGAGUGAUCGAGAAAGAUACUGCAACGACAGUGAGUACAGACAGAAAAAAUUGAAGCACUUGAAAUCAAAAUACUGUAAUGAGACUGAAUUCAGGGAGAAAAGACGUAAAUAUUCAAAAGAUUAUUAUGCAAGCAAUGUUCAGUUUCAGAAACCGGUUUCCCACUAUUCCCAGGUCAAGUACAAGAGUAAUGUGGUCUUUCAAACAAGAGUACGUGAGUAUUCCAAGAAGAAAUAUCUUCGAAACCCGGCCUUCAAAGCAAGAAUACGUGAGUAUUCCAAGGAGAAAUAUCUUCGAAACCCGGCCUUCAAAGCACGAGUGUGUGAGUAUUCUAUUAUGAAAUACCAUAAAAAUGAGAACUUUCGUUUCAGUACAAUAAAGAGAGGCUGUGAAAUGUAUGCUAAAAAGGAAGAACAGAAAGCUAUUGAUGUUGCUAUUGCUUAUUUUCAUCAAGAAGUUAGUAGAGGUCCAGAGUUUGUGUGCUGUGUCUGUCACCGUUUACUUUUCAGAAAGCAGGUUAGAGAGUGCAGAAUGGGUUGCUAUGAAGACCGAGGGGAACAAAUUGCUGCUUUGGCAAGAAAAUGCAUCACAAAUAGAUAUGUGCAUGUUUGUGGUGAUGAAAAAUGUGCUAAUUCUUCUGAUUAUUCUCCAGGGUGCAAAUUGUGGAUCUGUCCAACGUGUCAUCGAAAAAUCCUUUGUGGAAAACUGCCUGAAGAGAGUAUUGCCAACAAUAUGCAUUUGGUGGACAUUCCAAAUCAACUGAAGUGUCUUAACUCCUUGGAACAACAUCUUGUUGCACGCAACAUUCCUUUUUUGAAGUUGCUCUGUCUUCCCCGUGGAAAACAAAAUGGCUGCCACGGACCUGUAGUGUGUGUUCCUGUAAAUACAGCAGAUGUGUCUAAUAUUCUUCCACGGAAUGAAUGUGAUGACAAGAUGAUCAGGAUCAAACUGAAGCGCAAGUUAACCUACAAAGGGCAUUAUGAGUACAAGUAUGUACACACUGAUCGUGUUAGAAAUGCUCUGAAAUGUUUGAUCAGAAGCAAUAAGUGGUACAAAGAUGUGGUGAUUAAUGAACAGUGGAUCAACUCUUUGAAUGAACUGGAAGAGAAUGUUCCUGAUGAAAUGGAGGAACAAGAUGUAUUUGAAAAGAGUGAAGAGGAAAAUGAUCCUGAAGAACAGCAAGAGGAAGACUUGACUUACAUCAAAGAGCAAAGUGGUCUUUUGUCAGACACAUGUUUACAACCUGUGGAUCUUGGUUCAGAAAUAAUUGAUCAGCAUUUUGAAGAUGUGUUAAAUGUGGCACCAGCUGAAGGUAACAGUCCAGUUAAAUUACUAUCUGAUAAAAGCAACGAAGCAAAAUGUUUCCCUGUUCUCUUUCCAACUGGUGGUCCAACAUUCCAUGAUGAGAGGGAGGAAAAAAAUCACAUUGUCACGAUAUCUUAAUGCACGGAUCCUCAACGCAGAUGGACGUUUUGCAAGGAGCACAGACUUCAUUUUCUAUGCACAAUAUAUGUCGGAGUUGGAUCAAAUUGUAUCUAAUGUUUCCAUUGCUUUGCGAAAAGGGUCA